UGCUCUAGGUGCUUUCCAGAUAAUGGCGAAGAUGGUGAGAAGAACGUGUGCGUUCUGUUCAGAAGGGGAGGCUGGCUCUAUAAUGUACAUUGCCGAAGAGCAAAACAUUGCAGCUCAUCAGGAUUGUUUGUUAUUUUCCUCGGGAUUUGUGGAAUCUGAAGAGUAUAACCCAGAUAAUCUGGACAUAAGGUUUGAUGUGGAAUCAGUAUUGAAUGAACUCAAGAGAGGAAAGCGUCUGAUGUGCAACUUCUGUCGCAAGAAAGGAGCCACUGUGGGAUGCGAGGAGAGAGCCUGUCGCAGAAGUUACCACUACUUCUGUGCGCUCUGCGAUGAUGCAGCGAUAGAAACAGAUGAAGUAAACGGAGUCUACCGAGUGUUCUGCCCAAAACAUGACCCAGGCAAUAGGACCAAUCACUAUGAUGCAGCUAAUAAGAGGAAAAGACACGCACUGAAGUCUUCCACCAUCACGGAACAAAUGAGCACAGAAGAAACAGCAGAAGAAAACAGAUUACGAAUAUUAAAAAGAAAAAACAGCAGGCAUAAAGUCCGAAUAGACUUCCUCAGGAAAUGCAAGCAAGCCGGGCUGCUGGAUGACAUCUUUGAAGAGAUGCUGGACACGCUUCACUUGGCACAGGAAAAGCUGAUGGAUGACAACACUUCGGAAACAGAGUAUGAAGAGACAGUAAUGUCACUCUUUGACUGUGGACUGUUUGAAAAUAUACUGACAAAUAUUCAUUCAGGGACAGAGGAAAAAAUCCAGGAACUUCUGGAAAGCAGGAAAAGACUGGACCACCAGAUUGAACUACUGCAGGAUUUAAAAGAAGUCGUCCUCCCCCCGCAGGAGACUGCUGCCAGUACAUCCAGUACGGUGUCUGAAUAACCCCCGAGUCUGCCUGUAACGGUGUCAAUAUUCAGAAUUUUCUAACGAUAGAAAACAUAGAGCACGUCGGGUCAGUGUGUAAGUGAUUUCCUUUCCUCCCCAAAGUUUGGGACACAAGCAAAGACUGGGUGUUUUACUCAUUUUUUUAUACCUCACUGUUGCAAUAACUUUAAGUUGUCCCUUUCUUUAAAUUUUAUUGUGGAUAAAUGAGUGAUAUACACCAAAUUUAGCUCAUUUGCAGCUGAAGAGAACCCCCUCCCCCAGGACUUUUUUUUCCCUCAAAGACAAGGGUGUGUCAGCUGCCAGAGAACACUCUUCAAAGUCACUUUACUUGCAGCAGCCCUCUUCUGUCUGUGGGAGGUGGCUGCAUCACUGUCUGCAUAUAGACAGUGUUGUUCUAAGGACCACAGUGCUGCUUUGGCUUUCCAAAGAAGAUAAAUUAGCAGAAGUUGCACUCAAAGAAGCUUUCUGAAUUAUAAACAGGAGUUUUUUUUAAUUGAGCGUACAUUAAGCAGUCAAUGAGGAAUUAGAGCUGCUGUAAUGACAAGGGUAAAAUGGUGUUUGCAAGCAAGCCAGCAAGGGCUGGCUAUCACGCUCCAAUCAAAAUGUAAACUGAUUUCAAUCAAAGGGACUGUCUCUUCCUUUCUCCAUUAAGAAAGGAUGUAACGUCUAUGUGUUUUCGCUGAAAAGCUAUUAUAUUAAAAUUAUUUGAAUACAGAAAAGCAUUGUUUAGCUACAAAAGGGUAACUUAAUAAAACAUUUUUAAGAAA